UUGAGGGUUUUACACCAGUUGGGGCUGAUUUCCGCUCGGUGGUGGCAGUAGAGAUUAAGCAGCCCCUCCGCCUUUUUGUCAGCCGUCGUCAUGUCCAACAACAAUGCCAGCAACAACUUAAUCAUCGCCCAGAGGGCCGUGAAGCAGCUCCGGCUAGAGGCCAGCAUCCGGAGGAUCAAGGUGUCCCAGGCUGCUGCUGAGCUGAAGAACUUCUGUCUGCAAAAUGCCUCCAAGGACCCCCUCCUGGUCGGGGUGCCCUCCAGUGAUAAUCCCUUCAGACCCCCAAAGUCCUGCUCCCUGUUCUGAGCAGAAAGAAAGGUGGAGGAUUUCUCAAUUUACCCAUGGAAGCCUUUCUUCACUUCUGCCUGAUGUCGCUGUAGAUCGACCAGCAACUCCUCUUGGGAUGAUGCAACAUGGGACUGAUGGGUUCGGGGGAGGGAGCUGCUCUACUUGUUUGCCAAAUUUAAUGGUAUCAUAACUCCCAUCUGUUACAUUAAAGCAGGGCCAAACUCUACAUGUAAAAAAAACAAAACCUUAUUGACUCUAACUUGACUAAUGAUUAAGCCGUUCUUGGUUUACCUACUUAACAUGUCCGGUUUCAAUUUCCUGACCUAAUGUUGUUUGUCUCCUGUCAGUGAAAUUCAGCCCAUGUGAUUGGCUACUGAGAAUGCAACUUCCUCUUGCAUGUACAGUUACACCUAAAGGAUUUCUUCACUGUACAGUUACACUUUGGCAGGUUUCCAUUCAUUUAAACCAGGUGCUGUUCAAGAAUCAGAACAUUUUGAGUUAUAUAUAAAUAUAAAUUUAUAUAUAUAUACACUGUAUUGUAUUGUGUGUCUUUAGAAAACAUUAAUUAAUGUAUGUGGCCAACAGACAGACUGGUAGCUUUUAAGCUAAAUUGAGUGGUGUCUUAAGCGAUCCAUGUAUUUGUGGCAAUGGUAAAGGUGUUACUACUAUUCAAAGGUACAGCGACAUGGUACAGAUUUUAACCAUAUCAGUGAAGGGGGUUGUGAUUGUCCUUUCAUUCAUUCUUUAUUCCUGUAUAUAUUUAACAGCCUGUUAAGGUUGCUUUUGUCACCCUAAGUGUUCCUGUCUUUAAUUUAAUUUAAAAAAAAAAAAAAAAAAAACACGUCAAGGCCUUACACUGUUUGGAUAGUGAAUCCUGCUAGCAAAUUUUAUGUAAAUCACUUUAGAUAAACAAAUGGCCAAACAGCAAAUGUUAAAUAUAUCUUUUCAAAACUUCCAAAUAUUGUUUGUACUGAAUGAAUCAUACUGCAGUGACUUGUUGCAUUAAUCGUUUUCCACACUGGAAUCAUAUUCCAAUCAACCAAAACUUGUACUACUGUUAGCCUUUAUCUUUCUUAACUUUGCUACUUUGGGCAACCUUUUAAAUAAUAAACAACUUUUCCGGACACUAA